AAAGAUAUACGAAAACAAUAAUGAUGAAUAAACCAGUUUUACACGGAGCAUAUUUCCACGCAAACGUCCAAGAUAUUAGUUUUCAAUUUUCGGCUGGUAGCAUGUGCAUUGCAGCAUUAGUCUGUCUUUUCCGAAAUGAGUCAAGCCCAUCAUAUAGUGUUGAACACAGAGUUGUGAAUGAAUCUGAAUCUUACCUUAAAGCUGAAUAUCCUUAAUUUAUACUGCUCGAAACCAACCGGCGUUGACUUGUUGAUUUCACUCUCAGUGCUACAUAACCCCUCGUAUCGCCCACAAUUCUGUUCCAACAUUUUUGGUCGUUUAUUCACACACACAUUCUAUCCGCAGAACAGAUCCCACAUAAAUCACACGCAUAGAAGGUGGAAAAUGGGAACUGCUGUCCUAGACUCCCCCAAGCUAUCUCCAGAACAUGGAGAAAAAGGUGGUGCAGCAACAGUCGGCCCCAAAGAGCUUGAUGCUGGUGCCCUUUUCGUCCUGAAAUCCCGAGGGACAUGGUUGCACUGUGGAUACCAUCUAACAACAGCAAUAGUUGCGCCGGCACUAUUGAGCUUGCCCUUUGCAUUUGCCUUGUUGGGAUGGGCGGGUGGAGUUUUGAGCCUCGCCCUCGCCGGGCUGGUGACCUUCUACUCCUACAACCUUCUAUCCUUAGUACUGGAGCACCAUGCGGCGCUUGGAAAGCGCCAGCUUCGUUUCAGGGACAUGGCUCAUGAUGUUUUAGGGCCAGGAUGGGGUCGGUAUUUCGUUGGCCCACUUCAAUUGGGCAUUUGUUAUGGGGCUGUCAUUGCAUGUACACUUCUGGGUGGACAGAGCUUAAAGUAUAUUUACUUGGUGGCUAGACCGAACGGGAGCAUGGAACUGUACCAUUUCGUUGUUAUUUUCGGAGGCUUAACAUUAGUAAUGGCCCAAAUGCCAUCAUUUCAUUCAUUGAGGCAUAUCAAUCUCAUCUCCUUGCUUCUUUGUCUUGCUUACUGCGCUUGCACCACUGCAGGAGCCAUAUAUGUAGGAUACUCUAAAAAUGCUCCUCCAAGGGACUACUCAAUCACUGGAGUUGGUAUAAAUACAGUCUUUGGUGCCUUCAACGCUUUUUCAAUUAUUGCCACAACAUAUGGCAAUGGAAUUAUACCUGAAAUUCAGGCCACUAUAGCCCCUCCAGUAACGGGGAAAAUGUUUAAAGGGUUAUUGGUUUGCUAUGCAGUUGUGAUUUCCACAUUCUUCAGUGUUGCAAUUUCUGGAUACUGGGCAUUUGGAAAUCAGUCUCAACAAUCUGUUCUCUCAAAUUUCAUGGUCAAUAACCAUCCUUUACUGCCUAAGUGGUUUCUUCUGAUGACCAAUGUCUUCACCUUGGUGCAAGUAUCAGCAGUUGUCUUGGUUUACAUGCAACCGACAAAUGUUGUUAUAGAGCGGGCAUUUGCAGAUCCUAAGAAAGACCAAUUCUCGGUCAGGAAUGUUGUUCCCCGUCUGAUAUUCCGGUCAUUAUCAAUCGUCCUAGCAACAACCUUGGCCGCAAUGCUACCUUUCUUUGGAGACAUUAUGGCAUUGUUUGGGGCCUUCGGUUGUAUUCCUUUGGAUUUCAUUUUGCCAAUGGUUUUCUAUAACCUCACGUUCAAACCCUCAAGGAAGGGCUUGGUGUACUGGGGAAACACAAUUAUUGCAGUUUUAUCCACAGUUUUGGCCUUGGUUGGGGCAGUUGCAUCGGUGAGGCAGAUAAUUUUGGAUGCCAAGACUUACCGUUUGUUUGCUAACAUGUAAU